CGGAAGUAGGAAGUACGGAGGGAGAGGGACAGGGGCCUGGCCGGGCUGCGCGGAGGGUACCGCGCUCCUCCUCCUGUCGCGGGAGGCUUCCAGAGGCCGUACCUUCCAGAGGCUCCUCCCCUCCCCGCCCCCUAUCCCAGAGCCGACCCCGGCUGCCUUGUUCUCCGCCUGCCGAGAUGGCACUCGACCCCGCAGAGCAGCAUCUUAGACAUGUCGAAAAAGAUGUUUUGAUCCCUAAAAUAAUGAGAGAAAAGGCCAGAGAGAGGUGUUCUGAACAAGUUCAAGAUUUUACCAAAUGUUGCAAGAACUCUGGACUCCUUAUGGUAGUAAAAUGCCGAAAAGAAAAUUCUGCAUUGAAAGAAUGUCUAACUGCUUACUAUAAUGAUCCAGCCUUUUAUGAAGAAUGCAAAAUGGAAUACUUGAAGGAAAGGGAAGAAUUCAGAAAAACUGGAAUUCCUACCAAGAAAAGGCUACAGAAGCUUCCCACGAGCAUGUAAGCAAAAAUUCCAGUGAUACUCAGGAACUCUAAUAUUUAUAGAAGUCAUUCAUAGUAUAAAUCAACGGAAAUAAAUAAAACCACUUAAAUAAAUAAAUCAAUCAGCACUCAAGAAUGUGUGUUCACUUCAUCCUAAUUAUGGAAUAUUAAUUUUACCUGAAAUAAACAUUUUUUUAUUUCAAA